GACGUGCUGCUCCUAGCGUCUGCACCUUGCAAGCACAGCAGUCACCUUCCAACCUCUGCGACUCUUCCCUGCUCCUCUCUCUCAGUCGCAGUUAUUUUGCAGGACGAGGUAGGAUCGCUGUCUAUACAUCCUUUACAGCAUUUAGGGAGUUUUCUACAACCAGAGGUUUGAAAUUUUGCUUUCGCGAACGAAAAGAGUCCAUGCUCCACAAAAGACAGGCGGCUGGUCGCUUUACCUAGCCACAGAAGACUGCCUUGCGUCCUGGUGAUGAGGCUGGUGGCGCACAGCCGACACAGCAUUAAAGGAAUCCCUCUAUAUCUGAAGAAACCGCCCCAAUAAGAUACAAGAACAGGGGGAGAGCUGCAGGAACCGGAGUCGGCUGGGACGCGAUCAUUUCGCCAAGAAUGCAUCUCUUCAGUGCCAUGUUCCUACUUGUGAUGUUAGCUGGCAUGCCCACUGAGGCUCUUUACCCAAGUCCAGAAGAAGGCUGGCAGAUCUACAGCUCAGCACAGGACGCAGAUGGAAAGUGUAUCUGCACCGUGGUUGCACCAGCCCAGAACAUGUGUAACCGCGACCCACGCAGCAGGCAGCUCCGCCAGCUCAUGGAGAAGGUUCAGAACAUUAGCCAGUCAAUGGAGGUGCUGGAUCUGCGGACCUACAGAGAUCUACAGUACGUAAGGAACACAGAGAGCAUAAUGAAAGUGGUCGAUGGAAAGCUAAAGGUGGUCUCUGAAAAUCCCCGCAGUCUCAAUCCAAAGGGCUUUCAGGAGUUGAAAGAGAAGAUGAGUCAGGUACUCCCCCUGCUGCCAGUGCUGGAACAGUACAAGGCUGAUGCCAAGAUGAUCCUGCGCCUUCGGGAGGAGGUGAGGAAUCUAUCCCUGGUUCUUAUGGCCAUCCAAGAGGAGAUGGGAGCUUAUGAUUAUGAGGAGCUGCGCCAGAGAGUUCUGCUACUGGAGACCAGGCUCCACUCCUGCAUGCAGAAAUUAGGCUGUGGAAAGCUCACUGGUGUCAGUAAUCCCAUCACAGUACGAGCAUCGGGGUCAAGGUUCGGCUCAUGGAUGACAGAUACCAUGAUACCAAGCUCAGACAACAGAGUGUGGUCUAUGGAUGGUUACUUCAAAGGGCGACGUGUUCUGGAAUACCGCACAAUGAAUGAUUUUAUAAAGGGCCAGAAUUUUGUGCAGCACUUGCUGCCGCACCCUUGGGCUGGCACCGGCCAUGUGGUCUACAACGGCUCACUGUACUACAACAAAUACCAGAGCAACAUUAUCAUCAAGUACCACUUCCGUUCUCGAAGCGUUCUGGUACAGCGCAGUCUGAGCGGGGCCGGCUAUAACAACACCUUCCCCUACUCCUGGGGCGGCUCCUCUGACAUCGACCUGAUGGCAGAUGAGAAUGGCCUUUGGGCUGUUUACACCACUAUCCCCAAUGCUGGGAACAUUGUCAUCAGUCGCCUGGAACCUCAGAGUCUGGAGGUUCUGCAGACCUGGGACACUGGCUUCCCUAAGCGCAGUGCUGGAGAGUCUUUUAUGAUCUGUGGUACACUGUAUGUCACCAACUCCCACCUCGCUGGUGCCAAGAUCUACUUUGCUUACUACACCAACACAUCCAGCUAUGAGUACACAGACAUCCCCUUCCACAAUCAGUACUCCCACAUCUCCAUGAUGGACUAUAACCCCAGGGAGAGGGUCCUGUACACCUGGAACAACGGACACCAGGUGCUCUACAAUGUCACACUCUUUCAGGUUAUUAAGACUUCUGGAGACUGAGGUCUAAACAACUGACCCACUCAAAUAAUGCUGUGAUCAUUGUUCAGGAGAAACAAAUGAGCUGGGUGGAUAUGGGUACAUGUUUUGGAAAGGGGCUGGGAUUGGGAGCUUCAGUAUAUGGGGAUAUGAUUUUUUUUAAAGAAUUUCAAUCUUCAUAGAGUGCUAUUAUUCACAUUCUCAAAAUACACUCUGACAACCGAGUCAGUAAAGAUAUAAAGACUGAGAGCUUCUCUUUUUUGUUUAUGUGAUGAGUAAGCAUGGUUCUUUUUAUUUGUGAUGACAAAUAAACAUCCUCUUUACCAUU